AUGGCUGAGCAGCUGGUUCUUCGCGGCACCCUUGAGGGCCACAAUGGCUGGGUUACUUCCCUCGCCACCUCCCUGGAGAACCCCAACAUGCUGCUGUCCGCAUCCCGCGACAAGACCCUGAUCAUCUGGAACCUUACCCGUGAUGAGCAGGCCUACGGUUACCCCAAGCGCAGCCUCGAGGGUCACUCGCACAUCGUCUCUGACUGUGUGAUCUCCUCCGACGGUGCCUACGCUCUGUCCGCCUCGUGGGAUAAGUCUCUCCGUCUCUGGGAGCUCUCCACCGGUAACACCACCCGCACUUUCGUCGGCCACACCAACGAUGUUCUGUCCGUCUCGUUCUCCGCCGACAACCGUCAGAUCGUCUCCGGUUCCCGUGACCGCUCCAUCAAGCUGUGGAACACCCUCGGUGACUGCAAGUUCACCAUCACCGACAAGGGCCACACCGAGUGGGUUUCCUGCGUUCGCUUCAGCCCCAACCCCCAGAACCCCGUCAUUGUCUCCGCUGGCUGGGACAAGCUCGUCAAGGUUUGGGAGCUCGCUUCCUGCCGUCUCCAGACCGACCACAUCGGUCACACCGGCUACAUCAACACCGUCACCAUCUCCCCCGACGGAUCCCUCUGCGCCUCCGGUGGCAAGGACGGUACCACCAUGCUCUGGGAUCUUAACGAGUCCAAGCACCUCUACUCCCUCUCCGCUGGCGAUGAGAUCCACGCUCUCGUCUUCUCCCCCAACCGCUACUGGCUCUGCGCUGCCACCAGCAGCUCCAUCACCAUCUUCGACCUCGAGAAGAAGAGCAAGGUUGAUGAGCUCAAGCCUGAGUUCGUUGAGAAGGGCAAGAAGAGCCGUGACCCCGAGUGCAUCAGCUUGGCCUGGUCCGCUGACGGCCAGACCCUGUUCGCCGGUUACACUGACAACAAGAUCCGUGCCUGGGGUGUUAUGUCGCGCGCAUAG